AUGUCGGCCCUGUGGCACUGGACAGGGAUGUCGAAGGAGGAGCUGGAGAUGAAGAUAUUUGGAGGAGGGGACGGAGAGCUGCGGUCAUCGGCGAGCUAUGCAAUGAGUGCUGUCAGCGGCAGCGAUCAUGGGAGAAACUGGGAGGACCAAUCGCGCGCCACGCGUGCGCAUGAUCGAAUUCCAGCCGCAGCUGAGAUGAUAGGGAAAAGGUUGACGAUGAUUUAUAUGUGGAACUAUGUGGAUUCUGAUCGUUCAACCAUCAGGCUUGCUGGAGUACAAGAUUUUGAUAAGAAGAUAUCAGGGGGACAGAACCUUUAUGUCAAUAGAAGAAGUGCAAAGGAAACAAACAAAUUCUUGCUCCAGUGCAGAGGCAGAAAUGCAGACCAGCUGGCAAGUACUCUGACUGAGAUCGACAAAAUGUACGACAGGAAGCUUCAACGCGAAAUCGAAAAGUGCCACCAAAACUAUCACACCCAACUAAGCUCAAGUCUCGCCUCCCUGAGGGCUUACAGGCAAAAUCAGGAUCGUUGGCAUCAGGAAUCUUUCUUGCAAGUCAUUUCUAUUCAUGACGAACAGAAUUGGCCGAUCCAACAGGCAAAAACCCCGAUGGAAAAUUCUUCCAGGAUUGCAGACAGCCAGUUUAAGAUUCACGAUCUCCGACAUAAUGCAGAAAACCUCUACAACGGAUUUCAGAAAAUCCCGUCCAAGACUCCCUUACCUCAUCGACAGCAGUACGUUUCAGAUUCCUGGAGAAAAGAAGCAAGCGCCCUCCGGUUCGGUCCCUUGUAUCCUGUUGCUGACCACCAGGAAUCUUUGAUGUGGAUAUGA